AUGGACGAGGACGACCUGCCGACGACGGUCGAGUCGGUGCGUCUUAGCGGCGACUGGCGCGACGAUGACGGCGACGGCAAGAUUACGCUGCAACUGCGAGUGCGGGUCCACGCCUGUCCCAACGGCCGCGCUCCCAUUCUCCGUUUGGACAGCGGCGUCGAAGUGCAUCUUGUCGACGAGACCGUGUGCGAGGCUGAGUACAAGGAUCUAGAAGACCUCGGGUGCUCGCGAAACUGGGCGUUGUGGCAGUAUCGCGCCGGUAGCAGUGUUGUUGCGCAGGGAUAUAGCGGCGGCGGCACCCACAAGGACGAGGGGGAGGAUGAUGAUGAUGGUGGUGGUGCCUGCGGCGGCAGGGAUCGGCUGGAGCAUGAGACUCCGCGGCGCUUGUACGAGGCGGGAGUGCGGCUGUCGCCAUCGCCGGUGAAGGAGCGGCUGUUUCCACCGAGUCCGGAGGGGAGUAGCGGGUCUAUUGAGAAUUAUGGGCAUGGAGUGAACGGGAGCCGUGCGUACUGCGGGGAUAGUAGUGGCACGGACUUGGAAGACGGGGAGCACCAAGAAAUUUUUGGUCUGGAUUCAGCGUGGACGCCGGAGCCGGUGGCGUAUAUUCCCUGGAAUAACAACAUUGUCACACUGCAGGACGAGCUGGCGCGGUUGGGCAGCAGUCACCAGCGGGAGGCGUCGAAUACUACCGUGAUCCAUUUGUCGCCGGAAAAUGGUUAUGGACAUGCUCAUAGUCACCGCGCGGCCUAUUCGGAACAGCAUCUGUCAUUAUCGCCGUCACUGUCGCCACGGGCUUAUGGUCUUAGUGUUCAAAAAAGGGGGGUGAGAAGUAGAAUCCCGGUCAAGAGCGAAAACCUGUGGCAGCUGGGUACAGCUCAUCAGUCGCCCGGGUUUUCCAAGUUUAUGGCAGACGUGGACAGCCCUGGGUUGCAGACAAGGGAGAAUAACUGCAAGAAGGGAAACUUUCAAGAUCCUCAGUCCCCCUGGAGCGAUCGGGCUUCAAAACUGAUGAUACCCGAGUAUUCUUCUGGAUUCACCCCAGAAAAACAUAGGGCUCGACGUUCGGCGUUCGACAAUCAAGGUUUAGGUCUGGAGCCGAAUGAAGCCCAGGCUCUGCCAACCACUCCUGAAAAUAAGGUCAUCGGAGAUUUUGGUAGCCCGGCAUUCUCAUCAGGUAGGUUAUGCCUAGAUUCCCUGGUACUCAGAGAGGAAGCCAACGCAAAAUGGCAAAUAGGUCGGGUGUUCUGUCGAAGCGAAGAUCUUGAGAGGAAUGCCACAGGAAUCAAUUCGGCAGAAAGCUCUAAUUAUGGCGAUGGUAAAAGAUCACAUCUUAUGAACCUAUGGCUUGAUGACGGACCGUGUGAGAGUAAUAUCAAAUUAGAAGAGGAGCGCGAAAUCCAGGGAGAAUGUUCUUGGACGACGGAUGAUCAAGGUAGCGAGACAAGCCAGUCAUUGCUCCGGAAUACGGAAGAUACAGACGAUGCAAGAAGUCCCUUGAUAUCAGAUCACAUCUCUCUCCCAAGUCCCACGCCAUCUUCCAAGUUAAGCAUGCCUUGGAAUUCGGUGGAAGAUUUGGUUACAAAAAAGGCAGUAUGCCCCUCUUUGCUGGAUAUAGACAACGUUGAGUAUCAUCCAUCCAAGCCAGUGAAACCCAGAAUUGAGACGGUCGAUGGAAUCCUAAUAGUGUCGUUUCCCAACGAUGCAGGACGCGGCAUUGUCGUGUACGAAGCUAGUCUCGAGCUUCGAUCAAGCGAGCCUUCCUUUGGAAUUUCGGGAAACUUUGAUGCUGAUAGUGAGGACGAGGACGAGGAAGACAAUGGGGAUGACGACGAUGAUGAUACCCUUCUUAAUAUCAGAUGGCACAUCGAAUACAAACCAUCCAGGGAGCGUCAAGGCCUGCCAAUACUCUCCAUGGCAAAUUCAAAUGGAGGAGACAUAGCUAUUUUGCGGAAGCCAUUCAUACUGGGAGAUGUUGGGCUGGACACUGGUCUAUUUGGGAGUCAUGGAAGUUCAUUUGCCAUAACUGGAACUUUCAACGGAGUCAACCUGUAUGCCGACAUCCUUCACGAAUUUGUGAGGUAUAUCAAUUUUUAUGCAGCUCUCGUUCGAUGUUACGAAAAGACAAGCUGGAAAAGGAACCUUCUAAAGGUUGGGGGACAGCUAUACCAGAUUGCCCAACACUGCGGUCUCUUCCUCGCUGUAGUGUUUGUUGCGGCGUUUUUCUUGUUUCCGUUGGUUCGCAGAGGCAACUAUGGUCUUGAGGUUUAUCACGAAGCCCGGGACAAUGACUGCCCAGCACAUAGACUCGAGUGCCAGGUGUUUCUUCGUCGCCCCAGGUUAAUCAAAGCAGAAAACACUGCCCGACGUUCUUAUGGCCAGAACGGAAUGCGCUACCCCAUGUCACCUCGGACUUCAACGGCGCCUUCAUCGGAGAUGAAAAAUGCUAAUACGCCCCCAAGAACUCCGGAUCCGAUGGUGGGGCGCCUUGUUAGUCCUCUCCUCCCCACCUGUGCCCCAAGCUCGAAAGUCAAGUUCGUGGCGAAGAUUGAGGUGCCCCAGAAACGAGAAGAUAGCGUUGUUAUGGCGGAGGUGGGAGAAGCAUCGAACAAAACCUCUCUUCGGGAUCGAAUAGACCGGUUUCUUGGCUGGAGAGGGCCUGUUGUUACUGGGGGAGCGAAUUAA